UCUUAGAAGCAUGCUUCAGGGGAGCACCACCAGCACCUUGUAAAGUUGACAAUUAUAUUGUUAUGGGGAUAUUGUCUCACAUUCCUACCGCCAAAAGGACCAACUGUAUAGACAAGCUGUAAACAAUUUCACGCAUUGCUUGUUUAGGCGAGAAGAGAACAUUCUUUCACAGUGGCGCUCCUCCCUCGUGAUUCGACACUCCGCCACGAUCUUCGACUGACUUGUGAGUACUGCGGCUCUGAAAACGAGUUCGGGUUCCAGAAAACAACAUGGCAGACGAUUUGACCAUUCAAACUGGCGGAAAAGACGGAGGAAUUGUGAUCAACGAUGACUGGCCAGGUUACAGUUUAGAGCUUUUUAACUAUCCAAAACACUAUUCUGGAGAUCUAGAGUGUGUUUACAUCCCACAUGGUGUCAUCAUGGACAGGACAGAACGGCUUGCCCGUAACAUAAUGGGUGACCUGGGCGACCAUGACAUUGUGGUGCUAUGUGUUCUGAAAGCCGGGUACCAGUUCUGUGCUGACUUGGUGGAGAGGAUCAAAGCACUGAGUCGUAACUCAGACCACACUCUGCCUAUGAGUGUCAACUUCAUCCGCCUCAAGAGUUAUGUGAAUGAUCAGUCCACAGAGGAUCUCCACAUCGUUGGAGCAGAAGACCUCUCUUUCCUGACUGGAAAGAACGUCCUAAUCGUAGAGGCAAUUGUAGACACAGGCAAGACAAUGAAGACUCUCCUAAAACAUGUGGAGGCUUUCAGGCCCAAGAUGAUCAAAGUAGCAGGUUUGCUGGUGAAGAGAGUGCCAAACAGUUCAGGAUGUCUCCCAGAUUAUGUUGGUUUUGAGAUACCCAAUCGUUUUGUAGUUGGAUAUGCCUUGGACUACAAUGAGUAUUUCAGAGACCUCAAUCAUAUCUGUGUGAUCAGUGAAAGCGGGAAGCUGAAAUACAAGGUCUAAGAAGUGAUGUUUAUAGGAUUCUGCAGAGGAAAUGUUUCCACAAGAAGCUUGGACACUUCCCAUGAGAGGCCAUGCAGUAACAACGGUUUUCAAACCCAAAGACCCUCACUCUCGCUCUUUGCUGGUUGACACACCUCAGGGCCUACCCAUAGACCAUUGGACUCGUUGCAUAAUAAUUAGAACCUCCAUAGUUAUUUUUAUAACAAAGCUGUGAACCUGUGAUGUACUGUUACAAUGUUCAUGAAACCUGUCUGUGUUGAUGAAAAAUAUAUAAUGAACAGACAUUGUUAUGUAGAAUUUGUAGCCCUCAAUGUUUCAGUUUAGUGACAUUUGUUUAUCUCAACUUACUGCUACUGUAUUUUGUGGGACACAUUUGGCCCAUGUAAAGGUGGGCACCGUCCAGUAGAUUAAAAUAAAAAAUAUACAAUAACAAUUAUAAUGUUUUAUCGUCACAUACAUCGGAUAGGGGCAGCGAAAUGUGCUGUUUUACAGGGGUCAGCCAUAGUACUGCGCCCCUGGUGCAAAUUCCUUAAGUUCCUUGCUGAAGGGCACAUUGACCAAUGCCAUUUGUUCUUAUGAAUUCCUACUGUCCAUUUAAUUCAAAUUCAGCUGCUUUUCUGAUAAAAGGGAAUUGCACUGUAUUGUGAGGAGAAUGUAUUUCAACCUCCAUUGGUCAUCUCAUUAAUUAUUUAAUAAACUUAAAUGAACCUAUGCUGUAUAACAGGG